AAAAAAUCUGAUUAUUUUUAACGCUGAAGGUUUGAAGGUUAAUAUGAGAGAUGUAAACAUAUAUAGAUUUUGUGAUUUUGUCGUAAACUCUCUUUACACGGAUCCUGACAAGCACCGUUUCAAUCUUAAUUCAAAUUUCAAGCGUCUUCAUUUGAAUGGUACAGUUGACUUUGAUUUACGAGUACUGAUGCAAAUUACUCAUAAGGGAACGUCUCAAAUUAUUAUAGAUAAUGUAGAUAUAAAAGUAGAAAUUAGACUUGCAAACGAUACUAAGAAUGGCAAGAAAUACAUAUAUGCGUCGAAAUUAAGCAUGAAUAUCGACAUCAAGGACUUUAUUUACAAGAUUGAUGAGAGAAGAAAGGAAUUAGCUGAUUUUUAUAAAAUAGUAAAAGAUAUCAUAAAUAAUAAUAAAGAGGUUAUUGUGAAGAAAGUUAAACCAUCCAUAGAAAAAGAGAUCUCCGAAAAUGUUAUUUCAGUUUUGAACUAUGUAUUUCGACGUAUUAAUUAUGAAGAGCUAUUUCCCGAAAAAACAAGAAUCUAGAAU